UUUAUGUCACCCAUCCUCAAGGACAUAAAAUAAGAGACUCAACCUUCAUAAGACAUAUACAACAAUCCCUUAUUGUUACUGCCCAAAAUCAAUGCGGAUCCUCUAAUCCAACACAGGUCAAAAUUAGUGAUGGGAACAUAGUCGCCGUUGAUCAUUUUGCCUCGGACUGCACCGCCCUUGAAAUAACUUUUUUUGAUCGACCAGGUAUCUUUUCUCAGAUUGCCAACGUGCUCUUUGAGCUAUCAUAUUUUAUGGAAUCAGGAGAAUUAUGGUCCUACAAUGGACAUGUUGCUUGUAUCCUAUAUUUAAAGGAGCAAAGCACCUGUCAACCUAUCAUAGAUUCAAUUAGGUGCAAUUCCCUAGCAGAGCACUUGGCGAGUGUUUUAAGGAUGCAACACUCCCCGAAUGAACUAUGGAAGGUGACAUUGAAAGGCUCCACAGCAUGUCGAAUUCAUACUGAACGACGGCUGCAUCAGUUGAUGGAUAUGUAUACAUUUACUGAUGUUGCAUCAAGAUUUCAAUCAGUCAAUGACGAUCAAAUAAGCAUGCCAACGAUCAUGGCAGAUAAGAGGAGCUUUGAGAGUGUUAGUGAAGAUAACAAAGAGGUGUGUUUGCCGCAUGUGUCGGUUGAAAGCUGGAAAGAUGUAAACUACAUAGUUGUGAAAGUGAGGAGUAGCGAUAGACCUAAGUUGAUGUUUGAUGUGGUGUGUGCUCUAACUGAUCUUGAUUAUAAUAUAUUUCAUGGAUCGAUUAUCUCCCAAGAUUCGGUAGCAUAUCAGGAAUAUUUUGUGCGGCGGACAAAUGGAUACAAGAUGUUGAAUGAAAUGGAAAAACAAAGUAUAAUGCAAAGUUUGACAGGUGCUAUUGAACGGAGAAAAUCUCGAGGGCUAAAGAUGAAGGUGCGUAAAUUGGAUCGUCAUGGUCUACUAUCUAAUGUGACUAUGACAUUAAGGGAGAAUAACUUGUCACUCGAGAAGAUGAAAUUCACCUCUGAGGAUGGCUUGGCAGUUGGCUAUUUUCAUAUUAGUGAUGCCUCCUCUUCCACUAAUGCCGACGAAAUUGAUCAGCAAAGACUCGAGGCAGUGUGUCAUGAGAUUGGUCGAGGCGUCUAUUUUAAAAAAGAGAAUAAUGAGUGCAUCACUAGCUCGUCGGCUCCUAAGAAGAAUGUAUUUUCUUUUAUUCGCUCUUUAGGAAGGAGCUUGUGGUUUCAUAUCAAGCGCUUCUUUACCAAUUUCAAAUUUGUGAGAUAAAUUUUUAAUUCCAUAGUUUAUUAAUGCCUCUUUUUUGAACAAAUAUUGAUAGUUGUUCUUAUGAUUUUACA